AUGGCAGGAAAGAUUAGCUCCAAAGAUGAGCUGGAGGAACUGAGAGAGGCAUUUGGCAAAGUUGACCUCGAUGGCAAUGGCUCAAUCUGUGACUACGAGCUCCAUGAGUUGUUCAAGGAGGCAAACCUUCCCCUGCCUGGCUACAAAGUCAGGGAGAUCAUCCAGAAGCUGGAUCGCAACAAGGACAACGAGAUCAGCUUUGACGAGUUUGUAUCAAUAUUCCAGGAGUUGAAGAGCAGUGACAUUGCCAAAAGCUUUCGGAAGGCCAUUAACAGGAAGGAGGGGAUCCUGGCCAUAGGGGGGACAUCUACACAGUCCAGCGAGGGAACGCAACACUCCUUCUCUGAGGAGGAACGGUACGCGUUUGUCAACUGGAUAAACACAGCACUGGAGAAUGACCCUGACUGCAAGCACGCCCUGCCCAUGGACCCCAACUCAGACUCUCUCUUCAAGUCCCUGGGCGACGGCAUCGUUCUUUGUAAAAUGAUCAACUUGUCGGUGCCAGACACGAUUGACGAGAGGACCAUAAACAAGACAAAACUGACACCGUUCACAAUACAGGAGAAUCUGAACCUUGCUCUGAACUCUGCCUCUGCCAUUGGCUGCCAUGUGGUGAACAUUGGGGCUCUGGACCUUAGGGAGGGGAAGCCCCACCUGGUGCUGGGCCUGCUGUGGCAAAUCAUCAAGAUCGGCCUGUUCGCUGACAUCGAGCUCAGCAGGAAUGAAGCCCUGGCUGCUCUGCUGAGGGAUGGAGAGACUCUGGAGGACCUGAUGAAGCUGUCUCCAGAGGAGCUGCUGCUGCGCUGGGCUAACUUCCACCUGGAGAACGCAGGCUGGGAGAAAAUCAGUAACUUCAGCUUGGACAUCAAGGACUCCAGAGCCUAUUUCCACCUCCUCAUCCAAAUCUCCCCCAAAUGCACAGAGGAAGACCAGCCACACACAGACAUCAGCAUGGCAGGCUUCAGUGAGAAGGAUGACCUGAAGAGGGCAGAGAACAUGCUUCAGCAGGCUGACAGGCUGGACUGUCGACAGUUUGUCACACCAGCCGACGUAGUCUCUGGCAACCCCAAACUCAACUUGGCCUUUGUGGCCAAUCUCUUCAACAAGUACCCGUCUCUCACCAAGCCUGAGGGAGAGGGCAUUGACUGGGGCCUGCUGGAAGGUGAGACACGAGAAGAGGGAACAUUCCGGAACUGGAUGAAUUCCCUGGGCGUGAACCCACAUGUCAAUCAUCUGUAUGGAGACCUAGCAGACGCCUUGGUCAUCCUGCAGCUAUAUGAAAAGAUAAAAGUACCCGUUGACUGGACCAACAAAGUCAACAAGCCACCAUAUCCCAAGAUUGGGACAAACAUGAAAAAGUUGGAGAACUGCAACUAUGCAGUGGAUCUGGGAAAGAUGACGGCCAAGUUUUCUCUGGUUGGCAUUGGUGGGCAGGACCUGAACGAUGGCAACGCCACCCUGACGCUGGCUCUGCUGUGGCAGCUCAUGAGGAGAUAUACUCUGAAUGUACUAGAGGACUUGGGAGAUGGCCAGAUGGCUAAUGAUGACGACAUUGUCAAAUGGGUCAAUACAACCUUGUCAGAGGCGGGGAAAACAACCAAGAUCUCAAGCUUCAAGGACAAGGAGAUCAGCACCAGUUUACCAGUGGUGGACCUGAUUGAUGCCAUCCAACGUGGCAGCAUCAGCUAUGACCUGGUCAAGACUGGCAGCCUAGCAGCUGAGGACAAGUUGGAGAAUGCCAAAUAUGCCAUUUCCAUGGCGAGGAAGAUCGGGGUGUGUGUCUACGCUCUCCCAGACGACCUGGUGGAGGUCAAGUCCAAAAUGGUAAUGACAGUGUUCGCAUGCUUGAUGGGCCGGGGGAUGAAGUGGCCUUAA